AUGCACAUGCGAACGAUCAUUAUCAUAACGAUCAUUAUGAUCGAUGAUCGUCCAUGUGUGUUGGGAUCAGUCUCCGCGAUUUAUCUUUUUAUUUCACCUUUAGAAUUUGCGAUUAGAAAGACUCGAGCUAGGCGUAAGUUUCAGCGAGCAUUGCGCUCGAAGAAAGAAGAGGCUAUAAGCCGAAGAGGCCCGGCAAACUGCCAUAGAAGAGGGCAACUACUAAUGGUUACCUAUGUUCUAAUGGUGGAAAUCCAUUCAGAACAUAGCAAAUCAUUUUUGUUACUACUUUGUCACUAUGCUCGCUUUUAA